GUCAGUGUCAGAUAGGUCUCAAUGCCACCCUGCCCCGGGGGGAGUGCAGCAGGCAGACGGGCUAGGCAGGCAGGCAGGAGCCUGCAGCAGAGCCCCACAAGCCACCGGCCCACUGUGCGUCCCAUGGUCAUGCUGCUCCUCCUGCACCUGCUGCCUGCCAUGCUGCCCACCGCUGCCCUGGCCAGCUGCACUGGCGCUGGUGCUGAUCGGCAGCUCGUUCUGGCCAAGGUGCGGGCUCGGGUGCUGGAGCAUCUGAGCCCCCCGGUUCUCCAGGAGGAGGCCCAGAAGGAAGCGAGGAGGGUACACCGGAGACACAUCCUUGAAAACCCUGAAGUUGAGCCAGAGGAGCUGGAGGACACUUCCCAAGUGAUCCUUUUCCCUUCCACAGACGUGCCCUGCGAGCCCACACAGCCGGACAAGCUGCUGGAGGAAGAAGGAAUUUUCACCUACCUCUUCCAGCCCUCGGCGCACACCCUGAGCCGCACGGUGACCUCUGCCAAGCUCUGGUUUUACACCGGCCCCUCUGCUGCCCCCAACCACUCAGCCCCCGACGUGCUGACCCUGUCACCACAGGGCCGCAUGCCGGUGACGGCCAUGGUGGUGCAGACGCCCGAGCACUGGACUGUGUUUCACUUUGCCCCGGCACUGCUGCCCCAGCUCUUGCAGCCGCUCUUCGUGCUCCUGGUGCGCUGUCCUGGCUGCCCCUGCCUGGCCGAGGGGGACAAGAUGCCCUUCUUGGUGGCCACCACCCAGGCCAAGGGCAGCGAGAGGGCUCGCCGCUCCACCAUGCCCUGGUCCCCGGCUGCCCUGAGCCUGCUGCAGCACCCAUCUGAGGACCUGGCUGCCCAUACCAACUGCCGCCGGGCUUCCCUCAACAUCUCCUUCGAGGAGCUGGGCUGGGACAAGUGGAUCGUACAUCCCAGCAGCUUUGUUUUCCACUACUGUCAUGGGAGCUGUGCCGAGGGCCAUGGGCUGAGCCACCGCCUGGGUGUGCAGCUCUGCUGUGCCGCCCUGCCCGGCACCAUGCGCUCCCUGCGCGUCCGCACCACCUCCGACGGUGGGUACUCCUUCAAGUACGAGACAGUGCCCAACAUCCUGGCGCAGGACUGCACCUGCGUCUAGGGCAUCCUGCAGCCUGGCCCGUGAUCCCACCCAGGGGACUCCUGGCCCCAUGCCACAGGGACCUGGUGGAGGGGUUUGGGCUGUGCCAUCCUCCCCUGCACAAGUUGGAGUUUUGGGCUGCCCUGGAUACGGUCACACUGCCAGAUGGUGGGACAGGGACAGGCACAGCCUCUGGCAGAGCCAAGCCCCUGCCAAAGCCAGCCUGCUGUCCGCAGCCAGCUCAGCCCCUGUUUCUCUCCAUCUGCUUGCUCCCUUCCCCCAGUUCUCACCCCGCCUCCCCAAAAGACUGGGGUCCUGCUCCUGCCGCAGAGUACAACAGCCUCCCCGUGCUCCCAGGCAGGGCCAGGCUGCCACAGCAGGGACGGGGACGUGCCAGGGCAAGGCCAUGCUGGGACCUCACACUGGUGGCAGGGCUGGCAGCACAUGUGGCACUGCAAGCGAGCCCUCUCCUGGCGGCACAGCCUGUUGGAAAGCUUGACGGGAUAAGUGAAAUAAACCUGUUCUCUUUACCAGAACAGCUUGGUAAUGCCAGCUUCCAUCAGAGGCAGCCACAGAGGUGGCACGCAGUUGGGU